AUGCACAUUCCAACUCAUGAAAUAAAAGAAGUUCAGAGAUUCAUAUUCGACCACGGAUGUAUUGUAGUCGAGCACAACAGAACUCUCAAGCCACAUCCCAUGAUCAACGUUUCCAACUUCAAGGUUAUGAAGAUCGUUAAGAGUUUAUUCUCCAGGAGAUGUGUAGAAAAAUCAUUCGCGUGGAAGCACGGUUAUUACACACUUACAAACAAGGGAAUAGAGUACAUCCGAAGAAAGCACUAUUUGACAGAAAAUGACUAUCCUGCACUGUACGAGUCAAACCCACUUGCCGCAGCCAAGGAAGUAGAGUCAGAGGCCGAAGAAAUAGUAUUCAAAGAAUAA